GGAACAUCACUGUACCUAAAACAGUGACUGCAGUGGAGGGGAGCUGUGCUGUGGUACCAUGUCAGACAAAAGCUCAUGUCCGGGUCACCUGGUAUCAAUACAGUAAGAUGUAUUAUCCUGUGGUGUAUGACAGAUAUCCUCCUACAGUGGAACAACAGUUCAGAGGACGCACCUCAGUAAAGGGAGCAGCCACAGAGGGUAACUGCACCCUGACGAUUAAAAAUAUAAGAAGAACAGACAACAACCUUAAAGUCUAUGUGUGGAUCAAUCCAGACUCAAUAACAAGUCAGAAAUUCUAUGAUCAAACUGUUACGGUCUAUGUUGGUAAGUAUUUGUAAACUUCUCAUUUAUCUAAUUUUUUUUUAAUUUAUGAAAACAGCAGAAUAAGCAGCCAGAUGGAAAAAUUUGGUGAAAGGGAGGUUUAAGAAUUCUUUAAAAUGUGUCAAUAUAAUAGAGCUCAACAGUGUAUUCCUGAGGGAAAAUCCCAUUCAUUUUCUACCUAACAGAUUUUAUGAUUAACCAGAAUGUCCUAACCACCCUAUAGGCUUCUUGAUUUCUAUAAAUUAUGGAAUACAUUUAAAUUCAAAUCUCUAUAUUUAAAAGGUUUUUUUUACUUGCAACACUUUGUUUUGACUUUCAGAAAGAAAAGCUCCAAUAAUCUCCAUUGAGAAGCAAAUAGUGGAGGGGGACGUUUUCCAGGCUAACUGCAGCCUUAUCCACUCUUGCCCCUCAUCAACUCCAUCCCUUAAAUGGAUACAAAAUCAAUUUCUCAAUAACUCCACUUUAAAGGCUUCCAACGAGAAAGAAAAUAUGCUAUGGUUGUACACAGAGACCGUGUAUGGGCUAGCAACAUAUGAAAUGCAUAACAGCAAAAUGGGUUGCUCUGCAGUGUUCAGCGACUUAACCAUAGACAGUCAACCAGUAAUUCUCAACAUUUUAUAUAAACCAGUUAAUGUGACCCUAACAGCAGAAAAUGACUCUGUAAUAGAUGGGGGAAGCGUCAUCAUGAAGUGUGCCGCCAACUCUAACCCACGUCCACACACAUACUCGUGGUUCACAAGACAGAUGGGUCAGAACAUCAAGUCAAAUACAAAACGGGGAAGACUACUCUUCAACAACAUCACACGAAAAACGUCUAUCUCCUGCAUGGCUCUCAAUGACAUUGGAGCGGGACAGUCUGACUGGUUGGAUCUGGAUGUUCAACAUGCCCCAAUAAUCCUACCUGCGUCCUCCUGCUACCUGACAGGGGAGGCUCUGAAGUGUGUCUGUCAGGCUGAGGCAUUCCCUGAUGCCUCUAUACAUUGGACCAUUAAUGGAAAUGACACCUUCUCAUCCUCCUUCAGCUUUGUUUUUACAAAUGAGAAACAUGUCACCUCUGGGCAAUUAAGUGGCCCAGCUGAAAGCCAGGUUAAUGUAACUUGCACAGCCACUAACUCCCUGGGCAGUGACACCAGACGACUUGAUUUACACUUGUCAGAAUCAUCGUCUUUGUCCAUGUGGUUGGUGGCUGUCAUGCUCCUUGUUGGUAUUGCUUUGUUGUGUGCAGUCGGCAUUUACAUAAAAUAUUCUCAACUCAGAUCAUCACCUGGCUCUUUGUCCAAUGCUUCAUUUCUUUUAAGACCGCUGAGUUUACCAGAGACUAUCCAAGAGGAACAGAGGUACCAGUGUCCUCAAAGAGUGCAAGUUGAGGAAACACAAUCAAACACAGGCAGACCAGAGAGCGACCCUGAGGAGGACACACUUUCCUGCGUUUAUGACAAUUGUGUUGUUGAAGAAAUUCGACAAUCCAGAGCCAAGAAGCAGGAGAACAACGCUACAGCCCCCAGUGGAGAGGUCACAGAAGAGCCACUAGGAAAGGAUGGGACAUGGCUACAUGGAGGAUUAUCUACUGUAAACUGCUGAUCAGAUGGUAACAUGAAUGGAGCCAGUGGUGGACAGCACGGUCAUUCUCUCAGUUUACAUCAUUUCUUUCCUGAUCGGCCUCCCAGCAAACCUCCUGGCUCUCUAUGCCUUCAGUGUGAAGAUCCGCUCCAAGCCUGUUCCCACAGACAUCCUGCUCAUCAACCUGACCGUCUCUGACCUGCUCUUUUUGAUCAUCCUUCCUUUCAAGAUGCACGAGGCAGCUUCAAAAAUGACAUGGACUUUGCCUUUAUUCAUGUGCUCCAUCACCUCCUUCACCUUCUUCGCCACUAUCUACACCAGUUCUCUGCUGCUGAUGGCUGUCAGUGUGGUUCGUUACAUUGCAGUAGCUUUCCCUAUCACCUACCAUAAGUUGCACAAACCUGUGUACGGGAUAGUUACCAGUGCUGUUAUUUGGCUCAUAUCAGGGAUGCACUGCAGCAUUGUUGUCGUUAUCGAGCACCAUCCAGCCCUGUCCAAUGGAAACUCAACCACGUGCUAUGACAACUUCACAGAGAAGCAGUUGGAGGUCCUCCUUCCUGUGCGUUUGGAGUUUUUCAUUGUGCUCUUCCUUAUACCUCUUCUCGUUUGUCUUUACUGCUACCUGAGCUGCAUCUUCCUCCUGUACAGCCGUCCGCGGAUAUCCCAGAAGCAGAAGCAGAAGGCCAUCGGCAUGGCCCUGGGUACCCUAGCUGUGUUUCUCAUUUGUGUGAUGCCAUACAACAUGUCCCAUGUACUGGGUUUCUUCCAGGGUAAGAGCCCAAAAUGGAGGUACUACACCUUGCUGCUUAGCACCUUCAACACCUGCAUUGACCCCAUCAUCUUCUACUUUUCAUCCUCCGCUUUCCACUGCACAAGUGAAAAGUCCAUUUUCAGGAAGAGUGUUCCAAAGCUACAGAGACAGGCCACAAGCUCUAGCUGAGUCUUGCAUACAAUUUCAAAGCAACAUCUGUACACACAUUAGAUUCAAUGCUAUUAGUGUACUGAAUAUUAUAAAUAUAUUACUGUGUAAUGCUGUGAAUAUUGCUUUUACACCUCUGUUCAUUAAUAAAACUAUUUCUGACAUACUUCCCAGUCCAAAAAUGUACAAAGUACUCUGAUGACAAAACCACAACACAUGUUCUAUGCAUAUGCAUAUUUCAAAAUUUUAUUAUUUUACAGCAAAUUAUCUUAUUUUUGAAGGGGGAUUGAUAUUCUUGAUAACCUUUGCAUCCUUUUCAAAUUCUUUCCUCUUGAAUUUAACGAGGGCCUGCCACUCUUCUGCACUCAUGCAUUCUGUAGGCACACAUGUAGAAUAUUCCUGCAAAACAGAAAUGCAUUAAAACCUGUUAACAGGACUUCAAAACUAUUGCUUUCAUAAUGACAAGCUAUACUUCUAUGUAUAAGAGUGUUAAGCUGAUAAGACUGUAUCAACUCGUAAAUAGCUGCCACAUAUAUAUUGAAAAUAAAAGUAUAUAUGACUGAA